UCAACUCCAUUUUCGAAUUUUCCUUUCCUUUCCUUUUUUCAACUCAGAGAUCUUUCUCCUUAUUGCUUCAUUCAUUUUAUCUCCACAGUUUCUUAUUUACAUAAUUGCCCCUACGUUACCACCUUCCCUGUUUUACUUCUUUACAACGACGUCGUUUCCUUGAAUAACCAACCAUGCCCGCGUCUUUGCAGAAAAUGGCGCACUCCAGCACGAGCUCCGGCGGCAACUACAACGGCUCUGCCGUUUCUGAGUUUCCGGCCGGUUUAAGAGUUCUCGUCGUCGAUGAUGACGUCACCACCUUGAAGAUUAUCGAGCGAAUGUCUCUUCGCUGCCAUUAUCGCGUCACAACAUGCUCCGAGGCUACUGUUGCUUUGAAAAUUCUGCGGGAGAGGAAAGGCUGUUUUGAUGUUGUGCUGAGUGAUGUUCAUAUGCCAGAUAUGGAUGGCUAUAAACUCCUUGAACAUGUUGGCUUGGAAAUGGACCUUCCUGUUAUUAUGAUGUCUGUUGAUGAUAGGACAAGUACUGUCAUGAAGGGAAUUAGACACGGGGCUUGUGAUUAUUUUAUUAAGCCUGUACGGUUGGAAGAACUAAGGAAUAUAUGGCAGCAUGUUGCCAGGAAGUUUUUGAAUGAACACAAGGAACACGAUGAUUUUGGCAGUAUAGAUGAUAAUGACCGUAAUGCACGAGGGAACGAUGAUAAUGAUAAUAAUUCUUAUGUUGUUGGUACAACAAAAGGAAUAGUUAAAGAACAAAAAAAGAGGAGCAAUUUAAAAGAUGAAGUAGAUGUUGAAUUGGAGAAUGAUGAUUUAUCUACAUCUAAGAAGGCUCGUGUCGUGUGGUCAGUUGAACUGCAUCAACAAUUUGUCAGUGCUGUGAAUCAACUAGGGCUUGACAAGGCUGUGCCAAAGAGAAUACUUGAAUUGAUGAAUGUCACUGGUCUGACAAGAGAAAAUGUUGCAAGUCAUUUGCAGUGCCUGACUGUAGUUGACAUUACCAUUGUGAAUUGCAAUAUCAAUUGGCAGAAAUUUAGACUUUAUUUGAAACGAUUAAGUGGAGUGGCACAGCAACAAAAUGGGAUGCUAAACAGAGUUCCUGGGACUAUAGAAUCCAAGCUAGCUGCUACUGGAAGAUAUGACAUAGAAACUUUGGUUGCUUCUGGCCAUGUUUCCCCUGAAACACUUGCAGCCCUUCAAGCUGAGCUCUUAGGUCACCCGGUAACUAACAUAAUGCCUACAGUGGACCAGACUGCACUAGUACAUGCAUCUGUUCACAGACCAAAACAUUCUCGUGCUGAUGAUCCUACUGAAGCAUAUGGUCCGCCUCAUGUAAACUUUCCUUCCAACAGUGUCAAUAAUUUCCCUCAGUCCAUCUUUAAAGUAGAUGAUUCAUCGUCAAGAUAUGGAGCAUGGCCGCCAUCUAAUACACUUGGUUCAGUCUCAAGGGGGAGGUUAGGCAUUCUGAAUAAUAACACGGUGAUUGAUUUAUUGCAGCACCAACAAAAGCAUCGACAUCAGCAAAAACAACAGCAUUUUCCGAUUCAUGAUCAAAAUCGAUCAAUCAAUGUGCAACCAUCUUGCAUGGUGGUUCCUGCUCAAUCUUCUGACACUUUCCAGGCAGUAAAUAGUGUUGCUUCUGUCAACAAGGAUUGUAGUUUUGACAGAAAUGCCAUUAUUGAUUAUAGUCAAUCAUCAGAAAAAUCUAAUAAUUCAUCCAGUACAUCUCAAUAUCCUGGCGGAAAUACCAAAGCUACCUCCAUUUCUCCACUAAUGUCCUCUUUUUCAGUAGGCUCCAGCAAUAGCAAUAUUCAGCAGAGUCAGAACUCAACUUCAACAUCUGGUGCUACAAGAUCUUUGCCUAGCCAUCUGCCCAUGGUGUUUAGACAAGUUCCAUAUGAUAUUAAAUCCACUGAUUCACUUGAUCAAUCAUGUCUUAGAAAUCUUGGAUUUGUUGGCAAAGCUAACUGCGUACCAAGUUUUGAAAAUAAAAUUGAGUCAUCUGCAAGUGAUUUUAGUCAUAGGAAAGUAUUCAUGGCUAGCAAUUGUAACACGGUGAAGGAGGAGCCAGAUUUGAUCAGAUAUCCAAAUGUGGGCCACCCAGCUCUACAGAACUAUCCGUCUCAUGACCAUUCAAGUGGAUUCACAUAAUAGGUUGAAUUGGAGAGGAGAUAACCUUUCCUCUAAAGGUACAUACUGUUGUUUUCUCCUUAAUUGUUAGGAAAACAGUUGCUGAAGUUCUUUUGUGCUGUCUGCACCAUUGUUAGCUGCAUUCUAGACUCCAAUGAUGACUCUAACUCUGUAUAAAGUGAGGAGUAAAGGAACAUAUGAAUGAUUGCUUCUUGGAAGCGUGAUAGAGUUGAAGUUACUGCUGCUACGACUCGAGCGAGGCAAGGUGACAUAGAGGACUUGCAUCUCUUUGUGGGGAUAAUAGCACCGACCAGUUCUCACAAGAGGCGGUUGACAGUGAUCAAUUUUGUGCACCCUGCAAUACUCGACAUAGAGCAUCUAAAGCUGCUCCUGGAUGGACUAGAGAUGAUGAUGAUGAGCCUAUUGUUGGAAUGUCUAUACAACAGUUAAGGAUGCCAUGCAGACGGCGGUGGAGUCAGAUGUGCCCCGUCCUUCUGAGACGACAAAGGUGCCCCAUCCUUCUGAGACGACAUAGGUGUCCCAUCCUUCUGAGACAGAGGCGCCGACUACUACAGAGGUUACUCCGCAGACGACUAUUGAGGCGCUUGCUACAUAUGAUAUGAAUGGCAUUGCUCUGACUUCGACAGAGGUCAGUCCUGGUUGAGACAAAGGUCACUGCUCCGACUUCGACAGAGUCGUCUGUACACACAAAUUGAGGGUUUUUUGGAGGGCCCAAUGACUGUUCUGUGCUCACUAGAUAUGUCGAUCACGUGACAUUCAGAUUAUGUUAGAGAGAUCAACCGCCACUAAAGGUGCCCACCCACAAGGGGAAGUUGAAGAAGUUCUUAGAUGUCGAGAUAUCAGAGGAUGUCAAUGUGAUUGUUGAAGAUUAUAAUCUCCUUUCACUGGUGGACUAUUCGCUGACCAUGCUCAAUGGUCAGUUAUUGAUGGCCUUUGUUGAGCGACGACAUAAGGAGACAUAUUCCUUCCAUCUUUCAUUUGGUGAGAUGAUGAUUACCUUAGAUGAUGUCUCCUAUGUGUUCCAUCUUACCCUAGCAGGUAGUUUCUUCACCGCUUCUCUCACUAGCCAGAAGGUUGCACAUAUUACUAUUGUACAGGACUUGAGGGUUACUGAGGAGCAGGUGACAAACGAGUUUAGAACUAUGAGGGGUGCCCACUUUCGUAUAUCUUGGCUCCGAGAUAGGUAUAAAGAUCUAGUGCAUCAGGGUAUGUACGAGGAAGCCACCAGUGUAUACAUGCUAAAUCUUGUAGGAUCUACUAUCUUAGCGGAUAAGUCUCAUGUACAUAUAGAUGCGGCAUGCAUAUUUUUGUUUAGUCGCCUUGAGCAUUACAACUAAGCAUGAUGGCGUGUUGUACUGACUGUUCUCAAUGCUGCACUUGGAGAGACGACUGCUUUUGAGACGGGGCAACUUGCUGGUUAUAUGAGUCUAUUUCAGUGUUGAAUAUAUGGGCAUUUCCCGUCCAUUUGUGAGAGACAUGUUAUUCCUACCACUACAGGGUCCACACGGUCCAAUAGAUGGAGGUGCAGGCAUGCACACUCAAGAGGUGUUACGGAGUAUAGGAGGAUGGUUGAUGCGCUUACUGUAGAAGAUGUCAUCUGGACACUCUACGCAGACCAUAUAGUGCAUCGUGAGUUCAAUGACACUUCAUUGUUUUCUGGUUAUCUGGGAUGAGAGACCUUGGUGGCGAGAUACUUACCUGAGAGGUUCGUGCGCCAAUUUGGAUAUGUUCAGGACAUCCCAUGACCAGUCCCUGGUAUUCCAUUUGAGGGCAUUGAUACUGGUUUGUUGGUCACGUUUUGGGGUCUGCCAAUGUCAUUAGAGAUAGUGUAAUGGAUGUUCAAUUCCCAAUAAAGUGUGUGGAUGGGUACUUGGAGUGGUACAUUGUUGUAUCACACCCUCAAUCAUCCAACCUAGGAAACAUGUAGAUGACCCUAAACCUUAUAAUGUUGGACCUUAUGAUUUUAAGGGACCUUCUGAUGACGUGUCGCCUCCACAUGAUGCAGAUGACGCACAACACAUGCAAAUGAUAACAAUCAUUAUGGAUAGCAUCAUGGGUUUGGUGAACCCAGAAGGUGAAGUUUAUACUUUGGCAUUGUAGACAACACACAUAGCCCACGAGGGACCUAUUUAGACCUUAUUAUCAUUUUUUUUGUAUUAUUUGUAUAUUAUGUUUAGUAUUGCUCAAACAUUUGUACAACAUUGUUUAUUAGACAACAAUUUGACACUUUCAUUGUUA